ACGGUUGUCCUUAAAGAAAUCAAUAUCUCCUUCAAGAGCCUAAAUCCUUUUUAUAUAUAUUUCCAUAGCAUUUUCAUCCUCCACACAUCUUCAUAAUCCUUCUCUUCAAACCUUAAACACUUCCCAAUUCUGACUUACCUUCAUUUUCCACUCACUUGAAAAGCAAUGGCAGACGCAAUUCUCUCCGGCGUUGCUGUGGAAAUCAUUAAGAAGCUGGGUUCUGGAGUCCUUCAAGAGACUAGGCUCAGGUGGGGUGUCAGAGAGGAGCUUGAGAAACUCAGGAGCAAAGUUUCAACGAUCCAAGCUGUGCUUCUUGAUGCAGAGCAGCAGUAUUCGCAGAGUCAUCAAGUCAAAGUUUGGGUUGAUUCACUAAAAGAAGCAUUUUAUGAUGCAGAUGAUUUGUUAGAUGAGUUCUCCACAGAUGUUUUGCUGAAGCAGAUGAUGACUGGCAAUAAAAUGUUGAAGGAGGUACGCCUCUUCUUUUCAAGCUCAAACCCAUUUGUUUAUGGCCUUAAAAUGGCUCAUAAGAUUGAAAAAGUUAGAAGUAAGUUAGAUGAGAUUGCUGAACAUAAGAAGUUUCACUUAGAUAAGCUCCCUGAGAAAACAUUUCCUAUGAAUGGGGAAAGAGAGCAAACUCACUCAUCUCUACCUGAAGCAGUGGUUGGUAGAGAAGAUGAUAAGAAGAAAAUCAUUGAUUUUCUUCUUUCUUCUAGUCAUGGGGAGAAUGUGUCAAUCAUUUCCAUUGUGGGUAUUGGAGGCUUAGGAAAGACAACACUUGCUCAAUUUGCAUAUAAUGAUGAGACGGUGAAAUCAAAUUUUGAGCUCAAAAUUUGGGUGUGCAUUUCUGAAAAUUUUGAUGUAAAAAUAAUUGUUGAAAAGAUUUUGGAGUCUCUUGAUGGUGAGAAGCCUAAAAAUCUUGAAAUGAAUACCUUGAAAGAUCUUCUUCAUGAGAAGAUUAAUGGAAAAAAAUAUUUACUUGUUUUGGACGAUUUGUGGAAUGAGGAUUCCGAAAAAUGGUUUCACUUGAAAGAUUUGUUAGUUGGAGGCAGAAGAGGAAGCAAAAUAAUAGUGACUACACGUCUUAAAAAUGUUGCAGAAAUGAUAGGAUCAACAAAAACACAUGAUUUACAAGGCCUCCUUGUUGAUGAUUCGUGGUCUUUAUUUGCAAAUAUGGCUUUUAAACAAGGGGAAGUUAUUAGCCUAGACCAUGAGAGAAUUGGAAAAGAAAUUGUGGCAAAAUAUGCUGGAGUCCCUUUAGCCAUAAGAGUAAUAGGUCGUUUAUUGUAUUUUAAAAAUACAAUAGAUGAAUGGCAACACUUCAAAGAAAAAGAACUUCCAAAUAUGAAUGAAGAGGGAAAUAGUAUUAUUCAAACUCUUAAAUUGAGUUAUAAUCAUCUACCUUCACAUUUAAAGUGUUGCUUUGCUUAUUGUAGAUUAUUUCCAAAAGAUUGUAAAAUUAACAUCCCAUAUUUGGUUAACAUUUGGGUGGCACAAGGAUUUAUUAAAUCAUCAAAUUCAGAACAAAGUCUUCAAGAUAGAGGUUUAAAAUAUUUUAAAGAUCUUUCAUGGAGGUCUUUCUUUCAAGAAGUAGAAGAAGAUGCGUUGGGCAAUUUAUGGAGUUGUAAAAUGCAUGAUUUGAUGCAUGAUCUUGCCGCUCAAGUAGCAGGAGAUGAAAUCAUUUUAUUAAAUUCAGAUGUAAAGCGUGUUGAAAAAAACACUCGAUAUUUGUCAAUUGAUUUUGAAGUUGAGUUGUGAUAAAAAGUCGCAAGUUGCUUACGUAAUGUGUCAAAGAUGAGAACAUUUACAUCAUUGAAUUGGUCAAAAAACAUGAUAUUAGAGAAAGUAUUAAAUUUGCGUGGUUUGGAAAUUAAGAGAGUGCCACUUUCCAUUGAUAAAUUGAAGCACAUAAGGCUUCUCAGUCUUUCUGAUAACAAAGGCAUUGAAAUCCUUCCUGAUUCCAUUAUUAAACUCCAAAACCUGCAAGCUCUGUUCCUAAUCAACUGUGAAGGGCUUAAACGAUUGCCUAAGCACAUUAAAAAGUUGGUCAAUCUCCAGACCCUUGAACUUCACGGUUGUGUUAGUUUGACUCAUAUGCCACGUGGGAUUGGUCAACUGACUUCCCUUAAGAAUUUAUCACUAUUCAUGGUGGCCAAAGAUAACGGUGUCUCCAAACGUAGCGCUGGACUUGGUGAAUUACGUGACUUGAACAAGCUGGGAGAAAAUCUAGAGAUCAUGAAUCUACGGUAUGUGAAAAAUCCAGCAUCUGAAUUUAAGGCAGCCAAUUUGAAAGAGAAGCAACACCUUCAAGUCUUGAGAUUAUCAUGGAAAUUGGGCGAUCCCUAUGAUAAUAAUAGUGAUAGUGGUACAGAUGAUGGUGAAAAUGAUGAAGAAAUGUCAUUGGAAGAGCUGCGGCCACACCUUAAUCUAAAAUGGUUGAUUGUGUUUGGGUGCGGAAGACUCAUGUUUCCAAGCUGGAUUUCUUCCCUCACUAAUUUGGUGAAACUUCGAAUUGAUAACUGCAAAAAAUGCCAGCAUUUUCCACCGUUGGAUCGGUUCCCUUCACUUAAAACUUUGGGGAUUUAUAAUUCAACUGAUCUGGAGUACAUAGAGAGUGGGAUUAAUUGCGACAAUGCAUUAUUCUUCCCUUCCUUAGAGAAACUCUGGCUAGAAAAUUGCCCAAAUCUGAAGGGCUGGAGGAGGGAUACAUCCAUGCCUCAGUUGCUACAAUUUCACUGUCUUGAUUAUUUGGAAAUCAUGUCUUGCCCUAACCUCACUUCAAUGCCUCUCAUUCCAUCUGUCCAAAAAUUGGCAUUCAAAAAUGCCAGCAAGAAGUCAUUGGAGGACAUACUGAAGAUGAAGAUUUCGGUGUCACAAUCUACCUCUUCUUGUGCUUCGAUUUCCCCUUCUCAAUUGACAAGUCUGCAUAUCGAGAAUAUUGAGGAUCUAGAAGUUCUGCCAGAGGAGUUGCUAACAAAUCUCAUAUCACUCCGACAACUUUAUAUUCGUUAUUGUCCACGAAUAACAAAGGUGUCUUCUGCUUUGCGGCAUCUAACCUCCCUCGAGCAUCUUGUCUUCUUGGCUUGUGAGGAGCUUGAUUUAUCUGAUUCAGAGGAUCAUAGUGAUAUGCCGUGGCAGUACCUUAGAAGCCUCCAGGAGCUUCAAUUGAGAAAUUUGAACAAAUUGGCGUCCCUCCCAAAGGGACUUCAACGUGUUCCCACUCUGCGCAGACUCCUAAUCGAAAGUUGUCCUAAUUUGAUAUCUUUACCGGAGUGGAUGGGAAGCCUUACCGCAUUACAAGCUUUUGGGAUUCAUGAAUGUCCUCAACUGUCAGAAAGAUGCAAAAGCAAAAUGGGUGCUGAUUGGCCCAAGAUUGCUCACGUACCAAAUAUUGAUAUUGAGAGAGGAUGCAUUCAAGUGGAUGGCAUAUACAAACUAUAAUCAGAAGAAUCAGACUUUUCUUGGGGUAUGUAGUUUUUGUCUCUCUAUUUUAGACGCACACGCUAGUUUUUGUGGUUAAUGCGUUUUUAUGUUUGGCAUUCAAUCAAAUGCUUACAAGUUUUGUGGUCCUGUAUGCAGAGAUGGAAAAUUUAUUUGUUCUGAAAACAAAAUGAAAUUCAACUUUUCACACUUAUUCAAAUCUUACUUAUUCCUUCCAUUCAAUUGUGUGGUAA